ACUGGAGAAAAUGACAGUAACACGGAAACAUAAUUUCGCUCACCUUAGCCAGGUCGAUCGCGGCUGGGCUUGGGCUGUCUUGCUCGGUGUUCACGUCUGUAACAUUUUCGGUUACGGAUAUUUGACUACCUUGGGUUUAUUCUUCACAGAAUGGAAGGAGUACUUCGAUGAAUCCGCCACUGCAACGAGUUUACUUCUUAGUCUGCCCUGGAUGGUUGCGAGUCCGUUCUGUUUCUUCAUUGGUGUUAUUGCAUCUCGUUUUGGCAUCAGACGAGUCGCUAUGACUGGGGCUUUAAUCAACGGGUCAGCAACUAUACUCGGCUCGCUAACCAAAGACAUGUGGCAGUUGUACAUGUGUAACGCCUUAUCUGGUGUAGGCGUGGUCAUGAUGCUGUCAUCAGGAAUGAUCAUCAUCUCCCAGUACUUUAAGACAAGAUUUGCAAUCGCGAAUGGAAUAGCAGUAGCCGGUGUCAACGUCGGUCAAAUAAUGUUCACCCCGUUGUUCCGUUUCCUCAUUGAUACAUACGGAUGGAGGGGAACCAUGUUCAUCACUGGUGCCCUGCAGAUGAACUGUGUCGCUGCUAGCGCCCUCUUUCGUCCGCUCAAGACACAUAAUUCGAACGGAAGAAAACCCAACAAUAGUAUGAGCAUUAAUAUGCAUGUGCUAGGUGAUGAUACAGUAAUCAAUGACUCCCAUAAGAAACAAAAGUCUAAUGUUGCCCUUAAGAUUUUCACUAAUGUUAAAGCCAUGUUGCUUAUUCUAGCCACAUGUGUGUUCUCAAUUGGCUUACUGACAAAUCUAGCUCAUCUCCCCGCCAGAUGUAAAGAAGGCGGUUGGUCGGAUGAUCAAAGCGGGAUGUUACUUUUAUCCUUCGCAAUCACAGCCAUGAUAACUAGACCUACCCAUGGUUGGUUUGUUGACAAUAACUACAUAGGCUGCUUCAAGCUUCAACUCAUCGUACUCAUUAGUGCUUCAUUAAUUACAUUCACGAACCCUGUGUCCAACAACUAUAUAUUCUUAAUUGGGUAUUCGGCUGUUUUGGGCGCCCUACUUGGAAUCGGAUGUCCGCUGUUGAUUGUUAAUAUGAAGAGUUUAGUGAAUGGACCUACCACGCCAGCGGCUUUGAGUUUAAUUUGGGCAACGGUGUUUCUCUUCAACGGAGUUGGGUCGGUUGUUGCAGGCAAGCUUUACGAUGCUACGGGGAACUAUGUUGUCCCAUUCCUGACAGCGGGCGCUAUGUUCCUUGCGGCUUUCCUUCUGGUCGCUCUAAUCACUGUAAUGAAACGUCGACAAGAUUUACGUGAACUGCAGCUACGCAAUAAUGUGCAAUGUCAAAGUGCUCUUUCAAGUAAUAAUGUAUCAAAUUAGUUCUCUCGAUGAAAUGUUCACCAGUUAGUACUGCAGCCAUAGAGCAAGAGUCGUAAAGGGUGUCUAGUCAAAAACAAGUGGACCGAGAUAUAUGAUUUCAAAACAAAACAACUGAGUUUGAGACUCAAAACCCCAGUAAAGCACAUUGAACAAGCAGUCUGCUCUGCUCAUCUGAAAAGGGGAAUGAAACAAAUUGAUCAUUCUAAGAGAUGCCUGUUUUACUAAAAGCACUCAAUGUUUGUAGCUGUCCAUGGAAUGUUAACGCUUGAUUAAAUCUGAGUAAGUAGCAAAGGGCAUAACAAAAGUCAUUCAUUUGUCAAGCAUUCCGCAGACAGCUUGCACAAUGCGUAUAUUGAUAAAAUAGAGAUAUAACUCCUCUCAGGAAGGAUCAAUUUCUUUCAUUUUUGGGGGUCUAAUAAGCAAGAGAGAGAGAAUGUUUGUUUAAUAAUAUGUGCUUUGCAACACCUUUUGGUGUCUUGUUUGUUUUUUAAAACAUCACCAAUCCCGGUCAACUUCUUUUUGACUUAUAUACAGUGCACAUUCUUCGACAAAGAGUAGAAUUAGAAAUUCCUCCGGCUGUGCUCCAACUCGUUAACGAAUUACAUAACCAUUUCUUUAUAAUAUAGAAUUCUGACUGUUUGUGCGGGGCCAAAUUUCUUAAAGCUGUUUAGCAGGAAAUUUUGCAAAGCAAGAAUUAAGGAGCAUAUACCAUUGACAUCAAUGGUAAACAUUUGGUGGUUUGGCUGGUAAAACAGUUUUGCUAAGCAAUAAUUCUCUGGCGUGAUACACUUAAGUGAUCGAUCACAUUCAAAGAUUCAAGGCACUGGAUACUUUUUGUAAUUAAUCAAAAUAAGCAUAUAAGCAGAAAGAUAAUUUAAUUUUUACACAUUCCAUUCUCGUCUUCCUUCUUCUUAUUCGAGCUCGACCAAAAAUAAACACUCGCUAUUUACUUUAAAGAAAUGUAUUAAUCAAAGUGGGGGGAAAUGCAAGCGAAGAAUUUGGUUAAAUAAAUAACUGUGUAGGAGUCAAUGUGUCUGUACUUCGAAAAGUACAUCUCCCUGGGCAAAUAACUUACAUUGCUAAGCAAGAAUUAAGGAGCAUAUACCGUAUUUAAGGCACUGGACACUUUUGGUAAUAUUGUCAAAGACCAGU